AUGUUGUUAAUUAUCAAUGAGGUUAGCUAUUUAAAAGCUGCAGAGUGGAAGGAUUGGUCCGUGGUGACAUCUGCCUUUUUGCUUUCCAUGAGGUUGAAGCCACAGUUCUACGCCCAUUGGAUGCUGUUUUCUGAAGCUUGCCGUUACCUUACUAGUACAAGUAUUACUCUGGAAGAGGUAGAAACAGUCCAUGAAUUGCUGAAGAAAUUUCUUAAUCAAUUUGGCAUGGUGUAUGGUGAUAAUUCUUUAUUAACUAUUAAUAUGCAUAAUCAUUUGCAUAUUAAAGAGGGAUUAUUGGAUUAUGGGCCUGCCAUGUCACAUUGGUUAUUUAAUUUCGAACGCUACAAUUCCGAUUUAAAAGGCUAUAAUACCAACAACAAGGGAUGCUUGAAGAUAACAACGAUGUUGAUAAAAAAAAAGAGAGAAGGUGGUGAGUCAAAUAGUUCAAAUCAUUUUGAUCUUGAAUUAUUCCUAGAAAAAGAAGAUGGUGAGGAUGGUAAGUUGUUCGGUCACGAAUUGCUUCCAUCUAGUGUCCUUAACAGUAUUAGAGUGGAGCAAGAAAUAGCAUUAGAUGACGAAGUCCUCGGAUGCCUCGUUGCCUACUAUAAUCAGGUAUAUGAUGGCUGGACUUAUAUUGGUGAAUCUGAUAUUUCAGUUGAAACCAAUAGAGUCGAAGGUGGGUCCUAUGUUAGUAGGAAAGCUUGGAAGUUCUCUUCCAUUCAAAUCUUUGCUAACAAGUACCGGUCCGCGGGGGGUGAUCUCUCUCGAAAACACCGAGGAUCUUAUGCUCGUAUCUAUUGUGAUGUGAAUCCUAAUAUGGGCACUAUUGAGCAGGAACCUUGCUUAAGGCCUGCUCAAAUCAUUUAUUUCUUUUGCCAUCAUGUUGAAACUCUCGAUGAUAGUGGUAGUUUGGUGACUGUUUCAAACAUCUACGCAUUUGUUAGAUGGUUUAAGAAAACAAGGCACAAUUUUUAUUCUUAUCAACAAAACAACAUGGAAGUAUGGAGUAAUGAAUUCGAACCUUCAACAGCAAUGUCGAUUGUUCCUAUAAUGCGAAUUCAUUCUCCAAUUGCAAUUAUGUUAAAUCAUUUUGAUGGCAUCAAUGUUAUAAUCAACCUUCCCCGCCAUUUAAUAAACAACUAA